AUGGCAUUAUUGGAGGUCUAAGCUGUAAGUUGUAUAUCAUAGCUGGAAGGAAACGGCAGUGCAUAUAUGCAUAGUGAGGUUGGAGAAGUAUAUUAAAACUAACAGGUGAGAGAAAAUAUGGUACAUCAGCAAUAUUUAUGAAACAAAUAAUUUAUUACAUUUCACAUGAAUUGUUAGUUCCAGUCGUUUAAAUUUUAUAGAAAUUUAUUCUACGAUGUCAAGUAGAAAAUACAAAUCAGAGCCUAGAUGUGAGGCAGUGCGAAAAUGUGUUGUAUGUGAUGCGUCAUUCCUAAUUUUUCUGUGACGUGGCUUAAUUGCACACAACGCGGAUGUGGUGCCGAUUUCCCGUAAUACUUCUCAAAGUUUUUGAAAACGCGAAAAACCGGGGAAAACCGUAAUGUAUAAUAAUAAAAAUAUAAUAAUAAUAAUAUUUAUUCGAAAAAAUAAAAAAAUUAGCAAAUAAAUAUGAAAAAAAUCACAGAAGGCAUCGCCUGUGUGUGGAUUAUAUUUUAAUAACUAACAGUCAAUUAUAUGUGUAUAGAACUUAUUGUUGAUUCUAAAAAGUAUUUAUAUAACUUGAAUUUUGUAGUUCGGGCUUUCUAUAAUAUUAUCUAUAGUCAUUCGCUGCACAGUAGAAACUCAAUCUUUGAACAUAUCCUCUCUUCAGAAAUAAUAACACGUCUGGGACAGCUAAUAGAUACAUUUCAUGGGCAGCAAAUACGGUAAUAAUUUUCUCACAUAGCAAGUAUCACUCACUGAUUUUAUACCCUUGCCGACAGACAAUCAUCCAGAUGUGAUCGUGCUACUCUGCUACUCAACCGCAUAUCUCAGAUUAGUAUGCUCUACAGACGAUCUCGGCAUUUUGCAACCAACAAACUGACUUGCAGCUUGAGUUAUGCCUCCAUAGAUGGACGCUUUUGAUAAAGCUCACAGCGCUCAUAGUGAGCAAACGCGAAAUUUACUAUUUGCACAGUAGGAGCUAUCUAGGCAGCAAAUUGACAUGUUGUCGGUUUUUUGACGUUUUUUAGGUAUUUUAGGUAAUAUCCCUGCUGGGCCUUGAAUCAAAUGUUAGAUUGAACAAGGCAGCUGUCCUCCUCGAGAAAGGUAACUGAGAAGCCUCCUGUCAAGCAUCCUCACAAUACCGAGAAUUUUUCAAUUAGUCUUCAGCCCCCAGCCCUGUCUGAGAAUGUGGCAGUCUCCUAAGAUUUGUUUAGUAGCAUAGAAAUACUUUUGUAUACAAUACUUGAAAUAC